AUGGCGCGAUCGAUGAGGUUGUUUCUGAUUCGGCAUGGAGAGACGGUUGACAAUGUCGCCCGACUCUAUGCCGGCAGCAGAGACUCAGCACUCACAAACCAUGGCUACCAGCAGGCGAUGCGUCUUGGCCAGCAUCUCAAGGCUCUCGGCCUGAAGUUCACACACCUGUUCUCGUCCCAUCUUCAACGCGCAGCGAAGACCGCUGGUCUGAUCAGGAAGGGUCAAAUGCCCCCAAAAGACGACACCGAGGCUGCGCGAGAUGUACCUGAGGUCAUACAGCUGCGUAUCCUCAUGGAGCAAGAUUUUGGCGACCUCGAGGGCAAGAAGUGGACAGACAUACAAGCAGAGUUGCAGAAUAAGCCAGGCUUCGUGGCUGUCGAGACGAAAGAGGCUAUGGGGCGACGCGCCGAUACCUUCUUCGACGAGCAUCUAUUGCCGUUACUCAAUAACUCGAUGGAUGGCUGCGAUCCUGUGGUCGCUAUCGUCUCGCACGGCAUUUUCCUCUCUACACUCUGGAAGCGCUUUCUUCGGCGACUUCCAGCAAGAGGCGUCUCCUUGUCCUCAGAACUGCAGUCAACUGCCCGCCCAUCGUUGGAACACUUGGGAGGCUGGUCGAACACAGGAUACCUGGAGCUGCAUAUGACGCGAACUGAGGCAGAGAAAUCUUUUCCUGUCGCAGAUGCAGCGCCAUCUGCAACGUCAAAGCCAGACGUCUCGCAACCCGUCAAGGCUACACCGGACGACACUAUUGGCGCAGUCGAAAUCCCUCAGGCUGCUACACAGGAAGCGACUGGCAAGGUCGAAGCCUCGAUAGCUCCCACCAAUGAUGGUGCCAAAGUUGACAACGCAACGCCGGCUGCAGCCGCACCUCUGACACCUACGAUAUCGUGUUCCUCAGGGCCUUGUAUCGCCCGUUGCUGGAAUACCACGAUCUUGACGAUCAACGGCAAAGACCAUCUGAAGGGUCUCAAGCGUACUGGCGGUGGUGUGGGUAGCUCCCGCCACGACGCGUCACAGAAGGGCAUCGAAAGCUUCUUCAAGCGCCUCAAGGUCGAUUGA